AUGCUUGCAACAUCAUAUGCAUUAAUUGGUGAAAACGUUGACAUUGUUACAAGUUCAAAAAUAUUAGCACAGCGUGAUUCUAGUAAUGAUCCAAAAGAAGGUUAUAAAAUAUUUUUUAAUUUAUUUGGUUUAAAUGUAAAUAAUAAUUGUGAUAAUGCAUGUGAUAAUUCAGAUACUGGUGAAAGUGAACGUAAAAAACGCUAUUUAAAAAAUGAAAUUAUUUAUGGUGAAACUGGUUAUUUUCAACGUGAUAUUUUAUUAACAAAAUGUUUUUGUAAAAAUAUAUGUGAAAAAAUUGCUCAUACUUUAAUUGUUGAUGAAGUUGACAAUAUGUUUAUUGAUAAUGCUAAUAAAAUGUUACAUCUAUCACAUAAUAUAGUUGAUAUGCGUUAUUUAAGAGAUUUAUUUCUACAAAUAUGGGUCUGUGUUAAUAAUAAAAUUGAACAAUAUUAUAAUGAUGAGAAUGUUGAUAAAAUAAGAGAUUACAUUUUAAAAAUGAUUGAAAAUAAUGAUAUAAAAGUACCAUUAACACUUAAUGAAUAUAUAAAAUUUAAAUGUAUGGAUUAA